AAUUGAUAAUUUUUUUUAUUUUUAACCUUAAAUUAGCAAAAAGCCCAUCUAUCUCCGUGUCCGACCCAAGAAGGAAAGAAUGGGUACACUCCCAACGAUAAUCCCAAAUUCACGUGCCCGUUUCAAUAAUUCUCAAGAAUUCGAUGUUCUUCCAAGAGUAGAAUCAUGCAAAUCUGUGCGAGAAAUGAAGCAAAUCCAUGCAUUUAUGAUCAAAGCCAAAGCCAAUAGAGCCCCUCUUUCCUUCCGGCUCCUAUGUGCUAAAAUCACUUCCGUCCUUCAACAUGUUGAUUUGGUUAGCAGCAAAGAAAUCAUCUUCUCCUAUGCUUGCUUCCUUGUCAAGCUCUGCGGCCAAAAUUAUGUCUUCAACUUUAAUUCCAUUAUCCAGUCACUUGCAAGUUGCAAGAACAGCUUUAAUGCAACGAUGGGCAUGUACCGAGAAAUGUUGCUAGAAGGUUUUUUUCCAGAUACUUAUACUAUUCCUCACGUUCUCAAGGCUUGCUCGGAAUCCGAGAGCCUCAGAGAAGGUCAGCAGAUUCAUGCCUAUUCCAUCAAAACGAGUCUUGCGUCGAACGUGUUCGUCAAGAACACUCUGAUGAGGCUUUACGCUGUUUGUGGAAUUAUAAAAUCUGUUGAGAAGCUGUUCGACGAAGGUCCUGAUAGGGAUUUGGUCUCCUGGACUACUCUCAUCCAAGGAUAUGCCAAGAUGGAUUAUAGCUCCGCCAUCGAUGCAUUCUUUCGCAUGAAUUGGAUAGCUGAUGAGAUGACUUUGGUUGUUGUACUUUCCGCUUGCUCUAAAUUGAGAGAUUUGAAUAGUGGUAAGAAAAUUCAUGCAUAUAUGGAUCAUCACAAAAUUGGCGUCAAUUUAGAUGUCUUUCUGGGUAAUGCAUUGGUUGACAUGUACUUGAAAUGUGGACAAAUUGACUUUGCUCGUCAGGUGUUCGAUGAAAUGCCUACAAAGAAUGUGGUUUCUUGGAAUUCCAUGAUAUCGGGGCUAGCUCAGCAAGGACAAUUCAAGAAGGCCCUGGACAUGUUCCGAAUGAUGCAAAACAUGGGUUUAAAGCCUGAUUCCGUUACCGUAGUUGGUGUGUUGAAUUCAUGUGCUAAUCUUGGAAUGCUUGAGCUGGGGAAGUGGAUGCAUUCCUAUAUUAACAAAAGCUAUAUCAAGGCAGAUGGAUAUGUUGGGAAUGCACUAGUUGAUAUGUAUGCUAAGUGUGGAAGUAUAGACCAAGCAUUAGAAGUUUUCCAAGCAAUGAAACGUAGAGAUGUCUAUUCUUAUACUGCCAUGAUUGUUGGUUUAGCAAUGCACGGUGAAGCAAGGAGAGCAUUAGAUAUCUUCUCCCAGAUGCUUAAAAUGGGCAUAAAGCCAGACUUGGUAACAUUUGUUGGUGUCCUCUCUGCGUGUAGUCAUGCUGGACUUGUAGAGGAAGGGCGAAGACAUUUUGAGGACAUGUCAAGACUCUACGAUCUAGAACCUAAAACAGAGCAUUAUGGUUGUAUGGUUGACCUUUUGGGACGUGCUGGAUUAAUUAGUGAGGCACAGGAGUUCAUAAAUAAGAUGCCAAUUUUACCUGAUGCUUUUAUUUGGGGAUCACUUCUUGCAGCUUGCAAGAUUCAUGCUAAGGUUGAACUUGGGGAAAGUGCAAUGGAAAAACUUGUAGAGAUGGAACCCAGUAGAGAUGGUGCGUAUAUACUCAUGUCAAACAUAUAUUCCUCUGCAAAUCGAUGGAGAGAUGCAUUAAAGUGGAGAAAGGAAAUGAAAAAAAGGAACAUAAAGAAGACUCCAGGUUGUAGUUCAAUUGAAAUUGAUGGAAUGGUUCAUGAAUUUCGCAAGGGUGAAAAGUCACACCCCAGAAGUAAAGAACUAUACAAGUUGCUUCAAGUGCUGACACAUCAAUUGAGAAACUAUGGAUUGGACCAGAACUUUGUAUGGUAUUGAGACCCAAAAAUAUCUAUGGCUGAUGCAUGCCAAUGCUAUCUGGGUUCUGAUGCGGUUAUGUUUGACUCAAUUCAGUUCCACAAAGUUAAUACAACACAUUUUAUUAAAUGAAAAAGAAAAUCAAAGGUAAUAUUUCAUUCGAUAAAUGGCUUGGACUAAAUUCAAUGAUUAUAAAUUCCGCAACAGAAAGCCAGAAUAAAUACAAUCAAAAGCUUCUUGGGCACAAAAGCAGUAAAAAAA